AAGCAUCAGCUCACUGUCACACGCGCAUUCAUAUUAGUGCGGUGGAAAGUGCGCGGGAGCGCGUGCGCAGUGUGACAUGAAAUUUACGACGAUACUUUUGCUGGUGGCUGCCAGCUACGCAGCUGAACUAAGACCGUCUAGAAAUAAGCAAAAAGAAGAACCACAAGAAGAUAAAAGAAGAGGUGUCGAAGGAAAUGCCGGUGUUGACAAAAGGGCGCCAGUUCUUUCUACUGUGGCACCAUCAGUCACCCCUGGAAUCGAAUACGCUAAUACUAAAGAAGCACAGCAGGACAGAUCGCCUGCACAGCAAAUCUACGCAACGCCUGUGCCACAAAUCGCAAAGAUAUCUGAUGUGCUGACGGGGCAGGGACCCCCGUUCCAAGCUGCCAUCGCAAGCCACCUAUACGCCCCCGUGUCGAUUUACCAGCCCAGGCUUGGAUCCCCAACAAUAUACGAAGUAUCAGCGCCGAUACCAUCUCAAUUAGCGUACUCUGAACACAAGUUAUCAUACCAGCCACCGCAAAACGCUCUACAAUACACACCGCAAACACAAUACGAGCAAACUGCCAAAAUACUGCCUCUAAACCAAGUAAACUUACAACCGGUUAACCACCAGCAACCAUAUCAGCAAAUAUUUGUCCAACCACAGCCAAUAGUGUAUAAUCAUUUGGCCCAACCUCAACAAAUAUACCAGCAAUUACCACAACUCAAUUUUCAACCACGAUUAAACAUUCCGCAAAAUGAAAUUUUGAGGCCGAUACAGUACAUACAGACUCCUUCGUCGCCAAUAACAUAUUUGCGUCAAGAACCACAGGCAUCAGUAUCAAUUGUUCCACCACAACAACCAUUACUGCUUCCUGCUCAACCAGGAAUUACUUAUCUACAAAAAAAUAAUGUUGCCCAGAACCAACCAAAUGUUCAAACAGUUUUACCAACAGCAAUCCCGAGACAGGCUAAGGAGGCGGAAAAAGCACCUGAACCUCAACAGAAUAACAUUCAGCAACCGCAGCAAUCAGCACAAACAAACAUCCCAUAUCUGCGAACCCAAAAUCCAAUCAGCUAUACUCAACCCACGCCAAUCGCCUUUACACAACCCCAAGGACCAAUUGCGUAUACUCAACCACAAGCACCAGUGUUCUCACAACCCCAAGCACCACGAUUCAAUCAACAGCAAGGGGCUGUGAGCUUCGCCAGUUUCUCUCAAAGCCAACCAUCUUCUAUUAUCCAGCAAAAAUCCCAACAACAACAGAAUCAACAGCCUCAGUACCAAACAGUGCAAUACCAAGUGCCACAAAACCUUCAAUCAAAAACUGCAGCUACUGAAAACUCAGCCUCCCAAAGUCGGGUGUUUCAAAACAAGUACCAUACUUAAGACAAAGGACUGGACUUUCUCAACCACAAUCUCAAUCUCAAGCUCAAGCUUAUUCCCAAGAUCAAGUCUUUUUGCCAAAUACAAACUAUAUUUCUCAAUCUUUACCUACAUUUCCACCUGUACAAUAUUUUGGCAAGUUUGCACCCUCUAUCUUCGGUAGAUAUAAACGUUGAUCGAACGAAAUAUGUAUUGACAAAUCUUAGAUUAAAUAAUCUCAAGUUAUGAAUGAAAUCCAUUUGCGUGCAUGAGUGAUAUUUAUAUACGUAAGUAUAUUUCAAGUAACAUUUCGUAUCAUGGCACGCGAUAAAAUGUAAACAACUUUUUAUUAACAUAUGAUUCUGGAGCUAAAAUAGGAGUAGGUGCGAUUUUAUCGAAUAUUUAUAUACAUACAUUAUAAAUUGUAAUAUUUUAUGUCAGUUAAAAUAUGUUUUCAAUAAAAAUUGUACAUACUAAAAUAGUAUCUAUCUGAUACAAAUAAAGUUAAGUUUGUAAUAAUAUUUUAUAGUUAAGUACUUAAUUGAAGUUGUAAAGGUGCUAAAAGUAUUUACGGAACUGUGAUGCCAUAAAUCUUUAUUUUUACAAGUUAUGCUGAUUAUAUUUUAAGAAAUA